AUGCCGAGAAGAGAAAGUGAAGAAAAGACUGUCGGAACCGAUCGGAGGACCACAACUUUGACAAGCUGGCAUCUUUUAGUCACCUUUUGUUCCCUUCAUGUGGCUUUAAAGAUGAAAUUCUUUGAACACAAGCCUCUUGAUCAGAAGACGGUUACGGGGUUUGGCAUUCUGAAUGGGAUCUCAAUUGGACUGUUAAAUCUGAGCCUGGGGUUCAAUUCUGUUGGCUUUUAUCAGAUGACUAAGCUGGCAAUCAUCCCUUGUACUGUACUAUUGGAGACCCUUUUCCUUGCAAAGAGAUUCAGUAGGAGCAUUCAGAUUGCCCUCCUUGUCCUCCUCCUCGGUGUUGGGAUUGCAACAGUUACUGAUGUUCAACUUAAUGCUCUAGGAAGUGUCUUGUCUCUACUUGCAGUUAUUACAACAUGCGUUGCUCAAAUUAUGACGAAUACCAUCCAGAAGAAGCAUAAGGUUUCUUCAACACAACUUUUGUAUCAAUCAUGUCCGUAUCAAUCAGGAACUUUAUUAAUCUCUGGCCCAUUUCUGGAUUGGUUUUUGACCAAUCAAAAUGUAUUUGCUUUCAAGUACACUACUCAAGUUCUGGCUUUCAUCAUUAUAUCCUGCCUGAUCUCCGUCUCAGUAAAUUUUAGCACAUUUCUUGUGAUUGGAAAGACAUCUCCCGUCACCUAUCAGGUUCUUGGACAUCUGAAGACAUGCCUUGUGCUGGCGUUUGGUUACAUUCUGCUUCAUGAUCCAUUUGACUGGAGGAACAUCCUAGGAAUAUUGGUUGCACUUUUUGGGAUGGUUUUAUAUUCUUAUUUUUGCACUCGCGAGAGUCAAAAGAAGGUUUCUGAAGAAUCAACGCAGCCAUUGCAGGCUGUGGAAGGCGAAUCGGAUCCUCUAAUGGGUGUGGAAAAUGGAAGUGGGGGGGUGGAUACUGAUGAUGUUGCUCAAAAGGCCCCUGUAUGGAAGUCAAACAAAGAUUUGCAUGCGUGA